ACUCCGGUCUUGAGAACCCCAUUUAUUGGCCUUCAUCUCCUCACCUAAAUUCGCACUGUUUUCUACGUUCGAUCUCUGCGUCUUCAUUCAAUUCACCUUCCGCUCUAUCAAAGACGAAGAAUCCAAAGCAGAGAGUGAAAAAAUCAAGAACAAUUUCAACCCAUCGCCAUGGAUUCGAUCCAGCACAGAACCGUGAGCGUCAAUGGUAUAAACAUGCACAUAGCCGAGAAGGGCGAAGGCCCAAUUGUGCUUCUCAUCCAUGGCUUCCCAGAGCUUUGGUAUUCAUGGCGCCAUCAGAUUUUGGCGUUGAGCUCACAUGGGUAUCGCGCUGUGGCGCCGGACCUUCGUGGGUAUGGCGAUUCUGAUGCUCCUGAUUCACUUUCUAGCUACUCUAUUAUGCAUAUUGUUGGGGAUCUUGUUGCUCUUGUUGAGAUUCUUGGAGUUAAGGAGGUUUUUGUUGUGGCGCAUGACUGGGGCGCAAUGAUCGCAUGGUGUUUGUGUUUAUUCCGAGCUGACAUUGUUAAGGCUUUUGUGUGUCUGAGUGUGCCGUUUAGGCCUAGGCAUCCCAAGGUGAAGCCUGUUGAGAGCAUGAGGAAGUUUUUUGGAGAUGAUUAUUACAUUUGCAGAUUCCAGAAUCCAGGAGAGAUUGAAGAGGAGAUGGCGAUGGUGGGUGCCAAAGAAGUGGUAAGAGGCAUUUUGACAACAAGAAGAACAGGCCCUCCCAUUUUUCCUAAAGGACAAGCCUUUAAAAGCAGGCCUGAAUCCUCAACUCCCUUGCCCUCUUGGCUUUCAGAAGAAGAUCUUUCUUACUUUGCCUCCAAGUUUGAGUCCAAGGGCUUCACUGGACCACUCAACUAUUACAGAUCAAUGGACUUAAACUGGGAGCUGACAGCCCCAUGGACAGGGGUUCAAGUGAAAGUGCCAGUGAAGUUCGUAGUUGGGGAUGUCGAUAUGGUGUAUACGACACCAGGGGUUAAGGAGUAUGUGAAUGGAGGAGGUUUCAAAAAAGAUGUGCCAUAUUUGCAAGAGGUUGUGGUAAUGGAAGGAGUUGGGCAUUUCCUGACCCAGGAGAAGCCUGAAGAGGUUAGCUCUCACAUCCUUGACUUCAUCAAAAAGUUCUAGUCGCUUCUACAAACCAGAACAGAACAGAGUGUGUUUUUCAGUUAAUUAGGGUGCUUGUUUGCUUUUUGAACGACAUGUGGAUCGAAAAUACAUGUUUUAGACCAGUUAAGUUCCACUCUGAUUCGUCUGAUCUUUGGUAGGUGGUCGUUUAAAAUAUGUAGACUGUACGAAACCUUAUCGUGUUGAAUGGAAUAAAAAGUCGAACAAAAAUAUGUUGGGUGUUUGUUGUUUUUCA